AUGACUUACCAUCAGGAAAAUUUUAUAGUGGUCUUAAAAAUGACUACGUCAAUUCGUAUGAAUAUAUGUAAUGAAUGUAAUCAACUAAAACCUCCAUUAAACAAAAAUCGUCAGGUUAAAUUACUUUGUAGGCAAGUUCUAAAUUAUUUAAAAACUAAGUAUUCUAUAUUAAGUAAUGAGAAUGAUACUUAUGAUGAUUGUGUUCUUUUGAAUUAUGCGGCAUAUACUAGAUUACAUGAAAUUUUCGGAUAUCAUAACAACUCAAAGAUUACUCAAGCUUGGGGGCAUCUCAAUUUUGUAUGGAAUAGUUUUGUCGCUGAUGAAUUUAAUAAUCAUCCUUAUAAAAAAAAAUGUGAACCUCUUACUAAAAUUGUUAAACAUGAUUGGCAUAUAAGAAAGAUAUUUUAUGAUUAUUUAGCGAAUUACUCUACUAUCAAAGGAUAUGUCACAAUUUAUAAUGAUGAAUGCAAAAAUUAUUAUAAGUACCUAGAAAGAAUUAUAGAUCUGUAUAAAUAUUUUGAUAAACUUUGUUUAACUAAUGAUGAAAAUAGGUGCCCAGAUUUUUAUAAUGAUUAUAAGGACUAUAAUCCAAUUAACUACAUACAUAAAUCAAAAUGUUAUACAGAAAUUCAAAAAAAAAGGUCUGUUUAUGAAAAUGCUAAACUUGCAGGAAAAGAGCAAAAACAAUUAGAAGAAUUACAAAUUGCAUCUCAUUCACAAGGAUUAUAUUCAGCUGAAGAAAUUGAAUCGUUCAUGACAACAGAAGAAACGGAUUUUUCUGAUAAUUCAACUUUGCAAGGCCACAGUUCCGACCGUGUAAAAACCUUUGGUAAUAUAUUUCUUGGAUUAGUUGUAACAUCAAUGACCUCUGGCGUUUUAUAUAAAUUCACACCCUUAGGGAGGCAAUUUCGCAACACCCUUGGAGGAAACAAUAAUAAUAUGACUAGUAUAAAUGGAGGCGAAAAUGAAUUAUUUGAUUACGCAUCAGCAUCAUUUAAUCCAUAUUCUGGGGGAGAAGAUGAACAUUAUAUUGGGUACCACCCUGCGUAA